CAAUAAACUCUCCGCGCAAGCAGACACGUUACCAUUCUCUUUGCUGUCUCGCCGGGCGUUAAGUUGGCGAACUUCAGAUAAAGAAAGCUAAAACAUUCAAGGACCGUUAAAGCUUUGCUUUAUUGGAACUUUCAAGUUUUUUUCUGAACCCGCUUUGUUAAAAACCAGAAGUCUCAGGAUGGAGAAGAAAGAAGAAGAACAAGGAGGCCGCCAGAGCUGCAUCCAGGCCAGGCAUUUCACGAUCUGCCGCUCGAAUUCCAGCGUGAGCAGCCGUUGCUCAGGACAUUACUCCCAUAGGUCCAGCAGCGCCAAUUACCGCAACUCCAUCUCCUCCGGGGUCUACCAGCAGCUGUCCAGCUCUGGAAUACUCGACUUAAAGGACAACCGCGAGAAGGAAAAACGUGAGAUGCAGAACCUGAACGAGCGUCUGGCAGACUACAUCCAAAAGGUCCACUUUCAACAGGCUAAAAUCAAUAACCUCGAGGCUGAAAAUAAGGCUCUGCGCAGCGGAAAAGUCCAAGAUUUUAAACCCAUUUGGGACGCCUAUGACAUCGAGCUCCGACAGGCACGCGAUGACCUCAAAGAGCUACGCAUUUCCGAUGGGGAAAGUAAGGCCAAGGUGGUCGACCUGGAUGGAGAGAUCAACAACCAGCGCGAAAUCAUUCUUAAACUAGAGAGCCAAGCCAAAGACUACAGAAAGACGAUUGAAACCUACGGAAACAAACUUGGAGAGUGCGAGGGAGAACUCGAUAUCCUGAGAAACAGAAUUGACUUCCUUGAAAAAGAAAACGCUAAGAUCCGUGAGCUCUUUGAGCAUGCUCAAGCAAAUUGCAGACGUCUUCGCUCAGAUCUGGACGUUGAGACAAUAGCUCACAUUACGGCAGAUUGUCUUGCCCAGACCAAAAGUGAAGAGGCUGAGUUCUACAGAGCUCAGAUUGAGCAGUUUGAGUUGAUGAAGCCUGAACCAAUCCUAAUCAAGGGCAUGGGCUAUGUUGACUUCUGGAAAUCUGAAUUGGCUAAGUGCGUCAGAGAGAUCCAGUCUACUUUUGACUAUAAGGUUGAUCAAAUGCAACAAGAAUGGGAAUUCAAAUACAGUACUCAAAUUGAGCAUCUGCGCUGUGGCUUUGUUAGGGAUGACGCGCAAUUAUCUAAGCUCCAAGAAGAGUGCAAGAAAUUGAAAAGUCAAAUCCAGGAGAAGAAUGCCGCUUUUACUGACAUUUCUUCUAAGAUUACCGUCAUCCAAAAUGAGCGUGAUGAUUUGAUUCGCGAAAGGAGUGAACUUGAGCGCGAGUUGGAUGAUCUGAGAUACAAGUACAACUAUGACUGCGGCGAGAAGGAUAACCAGCUCGAGAGCGUGUUUAAUGAGGUGAACAGCCUGAAGCUUAUCAAGCUCUCCUUGGAGGCGGAGAUUUCAGUCUACAAGAAACUGCUGGAGAGUGAAGAACAAAGGGUUGGUCUUCGUGGAUAUAGGGAUAGUAUAGGGUCACUCGUUGAACAAGUCUACGGAGCACAAGGAAAAGUAGCUGCCAUCAGCGAUGCCAUCCAAUUAUCUGCUUUGAGAGAAUCAACUGGAAGUUUGACUAUCCAGAGAACAUCCAAGGGCCCUAUUGGAUUCGCCGGCCUUGAUCACAAUGGUGGACAUGUUGUCAUUGAAAACACCACAUCAGGUGCUCGUGCAAAGAGCCAGAGUUUGAAGGGAUGGAAACUGGUAAGGACAGCUGGUGAAAAGACCACUUGUGAGGUUAAUUUGAAAGAUUUGGAAUUGACAGCUGGUCGCCAAUACACUGUAUGGGCCAAGAAUUUCAAGGAUACUGCAACAGCUGACAACGAACAGAUUGCAGAUAUUCCCUCAUUUACUAUUGGAUCCUGUGUUUGGAAACUGCUGGAUGAAGCUGGCAAUGAGAAAGCCACUCUUACUGCCAAAUUUAGCGGUUAAUUUAAAUGGCGUUACUCACUACGCCUGACGUGGGAAUGUAGACCACUCUUACUUCUCCAUUUCCGUUUCGUGAUUUGGUUGAAUGGCAGCAUUUACAUUUCGAGGGGCAUGGAGACAUGCUGUAUUUCAAAUUAUUACUGUGUAGUAAACUGUAAAAUCAGGUUGUGAUUUUUUUUUUUUUUUUUUUUUUUUGGAGUAAGCUCAAAGGUUGUGACCUCGACAUUGAGCGUUUUAACUAUAUAUUUUUUAAGACAACGAUUUAAAUUUUCAAGGUGUUUUCCUACAUCUGUGCAAGUCUGGUAAUUACACACCACACCAAGGCUAUGUAAAUAUUUUUAUGAAUGAUUAUUUUUUUCUGCAUCCAGCUUAUGCAGGCAAAUUUUAACUUUUAUUUGUUUCCUGCUGCCAUUUUUUAAAAAUAUUUUAACAAGCUGCUCUACUUUAAAAAGUAAAUGACCCUGACAGUGUCAUAUAUUUUUUUUUCAAAUACAUUCCUCUAGUUAUAAUUUUGUUUGUUUCACAUUACAUAUGCAAAGAACUUUUUUUGGCCAUCCCAGGUUGAAUGUGUAUUAGCAGUAUUGUGACAGAAAAAGCUUAUUUUCCUUACUGUUUUUUUUUUAAUUGUACACAUCUCAGGCUUUUGACUGCAGAAUGGGAGUGAGAAAGUAAAUUCAAGUAGCUUAGACUUCAAGGUGCUCUGUGUAUAAUCAGGGCUGUUCUAUUGCUUUCAAAUGUAAUAAAUAAAUAUAUAAUAAUAUA